UCUCUACAUUGUACUAACAGUUAUUAUAAAGAUGAACAACCCCUUUAGUACAUCCUUGAAUAACUCCCUUCAACUGGUUUCUGCUCUUGACGGGAGUUGGAUGCUGCAGGUCAACUGGCAUGAGUUGGGAGGGGAAGGUGUUUUCAAGGGAUAAUUGUGCCUCUGGGGCAGGUUCUAGUGCUAAGAAGCAGCCAGUGGUGGGUAGAAGCCAUUGUGAGCAUGGGCACUUGUACUGCCAAUCAAAAUGUCCCAUAGCAUAGUAAGUUGGGUUGAAAAAAGACACACGUCCAUCAAGUUCAACCUUUUAACUAUUUUAACCUGCCUAAUUGUGAGUUGAUCCAGAGGAAGGGGAAAACCCAAUUUGAAGCCUCUCCAAUUUGCCUCGAAGGGGAAAAUAAUGUCUAUAAUCUAUAAAAACAAGGACAAGCUACAUGUAUAUACUACCCUGUGACAUGGAGAAAUUGUAGCUCAGCUGUGUUAUACGACAUUGAAAAGCAACACAGGGGCCUGCAAGGUACAGGCCUCCCCAUAAUUCCAUCAGCAGGAACAUGACACUGCAAAAAUAUGCUUACCCUGAGAAGGAUCAGUGUGGGCCAGGUUAUAAAUAGGACACAGUUCUCUAGCCCAGACGCAUAGUGAUGCCACUGCUGAUCCGACGGGGUGAAAACAUCAAAAUCCCUCAUAAAAUGGCUGGAGAAAUGUUCCCCUUUACACCCAGCACCCUGCGAGCCCUGCAGAGACAGAGGGAGCAACUGGAGAGCGAAGAUCGAAGGAGAGCGUUGAGCAUCGAACUCUUGUCCCGUAGAGCUUUGACUUCCAGCCCAGCAGUGCGACCCCCUGUGACCCGUAGGCACCGCUUCUGUAGGGACGCCGCCAUCCAUAAUGCUUUGUACACCGGAGACGUGGAGAGGCUGAAAGGGAUAUUUAAAGAGAACGGCUCAGCCGAUGUCAUGGUGGAGACCAUCAGCGAAGAGUUACAGUGGUGUCCAGAGAUGGGCCUUUGGUCUCUGAUCCCUAAAAAAUCCCACACUUCUCCGCUGAGGAUCACCGCCGGGCGCGGCUAUGGGGAGUGCGUGCGCUUUCUGGUGAGCCGAGGGGCGGAGCCUAACUCUUCCGUGGGAGGUCGAGGUCCACUGCAUGACGCUUGUGAGGGUCACCAUGCUGAGUGCACCCAACUUCUCCUGAGUCGGGGAGCCGAAGCCAAUCUACUAAGUGAGGAUGGACAAGCUCCUCUCCACCUGUGUAGCACACCUGAGACCUUAGAAUGUGCAAAGCUGCUUCUGGACUACGGUGCACUUGUCAACCUUGCCGGCCGCUAUACCCGUGCUACACCCUUACACGUGGCAUCUGGACGUGGCCUGGAAGAACAUGUUGCCUUAUACCUGAGCCUCGGAGCUGACCCUUCUGCCCGUAACCGUGAAGGCGAGACCCCUCUGAAUGCAGCCUGCGCUGCUUGUGAUAACCCGCAACACUUUGGCCGCUAUUACAGGGUGGUGGAUAUGCUCUUGAAGUCUGGUGGUAACCCCAACACCCCGGGGAAGAAAGGCCACGGUCCUUUGCACAAUGCCAGUUCUAACUGCCACUUGAGGUUGGCAAAGCUGUUGCUGGAUCACGGAGCAGCAGUUAAUGUGAAGAACAGUGCUGGGUAUUCUCCUCUGGACUGCGCUCUGCAAGUGUGCGAUGAUUAUCCCAACUGCCAGCCCCAUCUGUUGGUCCAAACAUUGCUCAACUAUGGAGCUGUCCCUUCUGAUCCCAAGAUGUGGAGGUUCUGUGCAGCCUCCCCGAAAACCUUUGAGACCCUUCUCGAUGCCUAUGACCAUAUUCCCACAGGGGAUUCCUGGGUAGAAUCUGUGCCCGCAGUAACUUGGGAGGAGCAUCGGCCCUUCUAUGAGUCGGUACUGCAGGCGGCAAACCAACCCCGAUCCCUGUUGCACCUGGCAAGAUACGCAGUGAGGCGAUUAUAUGAUGGGCAGUGCCAGCGGGCAACCUCACAUCUGGGCUUACCUCCUGCACUCAGUGCAUAUGUACUCCUCCAACCUGAGGGGGUCAUUCACUAACCUGAAACAGAAAGAGCGCCAUCAAGUGGUCAAGCAUUUUUCUGCUUCAGACUGAAAUAACUGGGAGGGGUUGGGUCUAUUAUCUGAGAUGGGAUGGUGCUUCUUUUUUUUUAUUUUUUUUUUUUCUUCUUUUUCCGGCUCAUGCUUUUUCUGCUGAUAUUACUGAAAAGUAGGGAUGCAUCGAAUACAGAAUUCGAUUCGGGAUUCAGACUUUUUCAGCAUGAUUCGGAUUCGGCCCAAUCCUUCUGUCCGGCCGAAUCC